AUGGGACUCCAGACUCCUAGGAUCUGGGUAUGGUUGGCCUUGACGCUUUCCUUCUCAAGGGCCUAUGACAUUAUUCCAGGUAAACCUGUCGACCACACUAAGUCUAUCUGCAGUUCAUGGGGCAACUUCCAUUACAAGACAUUCGAUGGAGUGAUCUAUCAGUUUCCUGGUACCUGCAACUAUAAUUUGGCUUCACACUGCGAGAGUUCCUACCAUGAAUUUUCUGUCCAUAUCCAGCGCUCCAUAGAGAAUGGUAGCCCAGUCAUUCACCAAAUCUUUAUUCAGGUCAAGGAUGUUCCCAUUGAACUGAAGAGAGAUGCUCAGAAGGUGAAUGGGGAAAUCUUUGAGACCCCUUACUUUAACUAUGGAGUUUUCAUAACCAAGAAGGAUGGGUACACAAAGGUGACCACAAAGAUUGGUCUGACCCUCACAUGGAACCAAGAAGACUCAGUUAUGUUGGAGGUGGAUUCCAAGUAUCGAAACAAGAUGUGCGGCCUCUGUGGGGACUACAAUGGAAUUGAAGCUCAUAAUGAAUUCUUUCUGAAUGAUAUGCCCCUCAACCCCAUCCAGUUUGGAAAUAUGCAACACAUCAACGAUCCAGCUAUUACCUGCACAAAUGUAGAUGAGAGCCAGCAAAUGAAUGUUUCCAGUUGUGGGCAAUACUACUCUGUGUGCAAGAGUUACCUCAGCCAAAGUGCUUUUUCAUCAUGCCAAGAUCUUCUUGAUGUAUCAGAUUACGUUAUGGCUUGCAUGCUUGAUGUGUGCUCCUGUAGCAGUGCCGAUGUCUCAUGUCUAUGCAGUACAUUAACAGAGUAUUCAAGGCAAUGCACUCACGCAGGAGGGAUCCCACAGAACUGGAGAACUGAUGACCUCUGUCCUAAACAUUGCCCUGGGAACAUGGUGUACAAGGAGAGUGGUUCCCCAUGCAUAAGUUCAUGUUCUCAUCGUGUCGUAAAAAGCCUUUGUGAGGAACAUGAUGUUGAUGGCUGCUUCUGUCCUGAUGGCACGGUGUGGGAUGACUACAAUAAUGCUGGCUGCAUUUCAACAAGCAAAUGUUACUGCAAGUAUCAAGAUCAGCUCUAUGCUCCAGGAUCAAAGAUUCUGAAUGAUUGUGAGGCAUGCUCUUGUAAUGCAGGAAAAUGGACCUGCAUGCAUGGAAUAUGCCCCAAAGUUUGUUCCAUCGAAGGAGGAGCUCAUUUCAAAACAUUUGAUGGGAAGCCAUACAAGUUCCAUGGCAACUGUAACUACUUGCUAUCUAAGGCAAGUCAUGGUGAGACUCACACUAUUGUAGCCGAGCUGACUCCAUGCAAUGCAUUUUCACGGGAGACUUGUCUGAAAACCAUCCAGUUCUACACAGAUGACAAUCAAAAUGUCUUGUCCAUCAGAGCCGACGGAUCUGUUUUAAUGAAUGAACUUAAAAUAAGCCUCCCUCAUGUUACAGGAAGUUUCUCAGUUAUACAGCCCACAGAAUCAAACAUCUUUGUCAAGACAAAAUUCAAUCUCCAAAUUCAAAUCUAUCUCCUACCACUGAUGCAGCUGUAUAUUAGCAUGGAUAAUUCUGAUAAGAAUACAUUUGAAGGUCUUUGUGGUAACUUUAAUUACAUAGAAGGGGAUGACUUCAUAACAUCGGCAGGUAUAGAAGAAUCAACAGCUUCAGCCUUUGCCAACACCUGGAAAAUACAAUCUACCUGCCAAGACUCAGUAGAAAUUUUAUUUGAUCCUUGCAGCUUCAGCAUGGAGACUAAAAUCUAUGCUGAAAACUGGUGUUCAAAGUUAAGAGAUUCAGAGUCUCCUUUUUGGAAAUGCCAUUUCGCGGUAGACCCAGCUGAAUAUUAUAAGAGAUGUGAGUAUGAUACCUGCAGCUGUAGUCAUAGCGAAGCCUGUAUGUGCGCAACACUGUCCUCAUAUGCCAGGGCCUGUGCUGCUAAAGGAAUCAUCUUGUGGGACUGGAGGAAAGGAAUCUGUGAUAAAGAGAUUCCCAGCUGCCCAGCCUCACAGAUAUACUUGUAUAACAUCACUACUUGCCAGCCUUCUUGUCGCUCCCUGGCACUUGGAGAAAAAGAAUGUGACAGUGAAUUCACCCCAAUUGAUGGCUGUGGGUGCCCAGAUGGAAUGUAUCUCAAUGAAAAAGACGGUUGUGUUCCCAUAUCACAGUGUUCUUGCUACCACCAAGGAAUGUAUCUUAGACCAAAUGAGGUUUUCUACAGAAGGGAUGAGCGAUGCUCCUGCCAUGAAGGAAAACUUAACUGUGAUACUUUUAUCAAUGACAGUAAGUUAGAAAUUAUGGGGACAGGCUGCAUCUCUGGAUGUGUGUGCCCAGAGGGGCUGCUUGAUGAUGGGAAUGGAGGCUGUGUCCAAGAGAGAUCCUGCCCUUGCUCUUAUAAUAAUAAAGUAUUUGCUCACGGAUCUAGGCUGAUUGAGGAAUGCAAAUCCUGCACAUGUGAGAGUGGCCUUUGGUCAUGCAUACAAACACCUUGUUAUGGAACAUGUACCAUCUAUGGGAGCGGCCAUUAUAUUACUUUUGACAAGAAAUUCUAUGACUUUGAUGGAAGUUGUGAAUUUGUAAUUGCUCAGGACUAUUGCGAAGACAGUGCAUCAAAUGGUACAUUCAGAGUAAUCACAGAGAAUAUCCCAUGUGGCACUACUGGAGUAACAUGUUCAAAGUCUAUCAAGAUAUAUUUAGGGAAUACAGAACUGAAGCUGACUAAUAGUCACAUGGAGAAAAAGUUUGGAGAAUCUGAAGUGGAAUAUAAAGUCCGUGAAGUGGGUCUUUACCUAGCAAUUCAUACAAGCAGUGAUAUUUCCCUUGUCUGGGACAAGAAAACCUCCUUAUUGAUCAGGCUGCCAUCCUCUUACAAGGGCAAAGUUUGCGGCCUGUGUGGAAAUUAUGAUGACAAUGCCAACAAUGACUUCCUGACCAGCCAACUGAUACAAGCCAGCAACGUAAUGCCAUUUGGAAACAGUUGGAAGCGUAGUAAUGAUUGUCCUGAUUCAAUCAGCAUUCCCCAGCCAUGCCUUGCAGCACCCCACCGCAGAUCUUGGGCUGAAAAGAAGUGUGAAAUUAUCACCAAUGAAGUUUUCCGAAGCUGCCAUAGCAAGGUGGAUCCAAAACCCUUCUAUGAUGCUUGUGUAAAUGAUGUGUGCUCCUGUGACACUGGUGGGGACUGUGAGUGCUUCUGCACUGCUGUGGCUGCCUACGCUCAACUCUGCUCUAAAGCAGAUGUCUGUGUUCACUGGAGAACACCAGAAAUUUGUCCAAUAUUCUGUGACUACUAUAACACCGAUGAGAAUGAAUGUAUGUGGCACUACUUUUCCUGUGGCCCGGAGGAUAGAAGCAACCAUCACCACAUCACCAAGUACUGCAGCUCACCACCUAUCACACACCUGGAAGGUUGUUACCCGACUUGUCCAACUGAACGUCCUUUCUAUGAUGAAAUAAAUAAAUUGUGUGUCAGUCACUGUAGCUGCAUUAUCAACAACAAUACCUACAGCAUUGGUCAACAUAUACCUAAUCCUGACCGCUGUCAAAUAUGUGAGUGUGGUGAGGACCUGCAAAUGCGUUGUUCUAGAGACUCAAAAGAAAAAGAAUGUCGUGUCUGCAAAAUCAGUGGCAGAACCUACAAAAUUCAUGAGGCAAUACCUAGUGAUAGCAAAUGUUUCAGAUGUAAGUGUGGUGAGGACCUGCAGAAGCAAUGUUCUAGAAUUUCAAAUUCAAAAGAAAAAGAAUGUGAAGAUAAUGUCUGCACAAUCAAUGGCAGAACCUACAAAGUUCAUGAGCCAAUACCUAGUCAUCACAGAUGUAUUAGAUGUGAGUGUGGUAAAGAUCUGCAGAUGCAUUGUAAUAGAGACUCAGAUUCAAGAGAAGAAGAAUGUAACUUUUGCAACAUCGAUGGCAGAAAAUAUCGAAUUCAUGAGCCAGUACCUAGUCAUCAGAGAUGUAUGAGAUGUGUGUGUGGUGAGGACCUGCAAAAGUCUUGCUCUAGAGAAAGGCAGUGUGAGCCACUCUGCAAUAUCGAUGGCAUGACCUACAGAAUUCACGAGCCAGUACCAAGUCACAGCAGAUGUUUCAGAUGUAAAUGUGGUGAAGACCUGCAAAAGCAAUGUUCUAGAGUUCCAGAUUCAAAAGAAAAAGAAUGUAUAGAAGACUUCUGCACAAUCGAUGGCAAAAAAUACAAAAUACACGAGCCGAUACCUAGUUAUCACAGAUGUAUCAGAUGUGAGUGCGGUAAAGAUCUGCAGAAGCAUUGUUCUAGAGACUCAGAUUCAGGAGAAGAAGAAUGUAACUUCUGCAACAUCGAUGGCAGAAAAUAUCGAAUUUAUGAGCCAGUACCUAGUCAUCAGAGAUGUAUGACAUGUGAGUGUGGUGAGGACCUGCAAAAGUCUUGUUCUAGAGAAAGGCAAUGUGAGCCUCUCUGCAAUAUCGAUGGCAUGACCUACAGAAUUCACGAGCCAGUACCAAGUCACAGCAGAUGUUUCAGAUGUAAAUGUGGUGAAGACCUGCAAAAGCAAUGUUCUAGAGUUCCAGAUUCAAAAGAAAAAGAAUGUAUAGAAGACUUCUGCACAAUCGAUGGCAAAAAAUACAAAAUACACGAGUCGAUACCUAGUUAUCAGAGAUGUAUCAGAUGUGAGUGCGGUAAAGAUCUGCAGAUGCAUUGUUCUAGACAAUCAGAUUCAGGAGAAGAAGAAUGUAACUUUUGCAACAUCGAUGGCAGAAAAUAUCAAAUUCAUGAGCCAGUACCUAGUCAUCAUAGAUGUAUAAGAUGUGAGUGUGGUGAGGACUUGCAAAAGACUUGUUCUAGAGAAAGGCAAUGUGACACUGAGCAUCUCUGCAAUAUCGAUGGCAUGACCUACAGAAUUCAUGAGCCAGUACCAAGUCACAGCAGAUGUUUCAGAUGUAAGUGUGGCGAAAACCUGCAAAAGCAAUGUUCUAGAGUUCCAGAUUCAAAAGAAAAAGAAUGUAUAGAAGACUUCUGCACAAUCGAUGGCAAAAAAUACAAAAUACAUGAGCCGAUACCUAGUCAUCAUAGAUGUAUCAGAUGGUAA